ACUGCGCAAAGCUUGUCGGGAUACAGAGACUGCUUGAGCGCCAUAUUGGAGUGUAACUAACUAGCUAUUGUUAUAAAUAGGGUCGGGGCUGCUGCUGGCUGAGUUUACAUGUUUUCUACAAGUUUGUUCUAAGGAAAAGAGAAAGUUAUCGGUGGGUCAUGAAAGAAAUGUCAGCGAACAGUAACAGUAUGCAUGGCGGGCAGCAGCCUCAGAAACACUAUGGCAUUACCUCAUCCAUUAGCAUGGCCUUCCCCAGGGAGGUGGACCAUCAGUACACACACAAGCUCAGCGAGGCCAUGAAACCCUUUGGGGUGUUUGAGGAUGAGGACGAACUCAACCACAGACUCGCAGUUCUUGGGAAGUUGAAUACAUUUGUCAAGGAAUGGAUUGCCGAGAUCAGUGAAACGAAGAACCUCCCACCAUCGGCGAUAACCAAUGUGGGGGGAAAGAUCUUCACCUUUGGGUCUUACCGGCUUGGAGUUCACACUAAAGGGGCGGAUAUUGAUGCCUUGUGUGUAUCGCCGAGACAUGUGGAGAGGACAGACUUCUUCGACUCAUUCUUUGCAAAGCUCAAACUGCACGAAGAGAUUAAAGACCUACGGGCGGUGGAGGAUGCCUUUGUACCUGUGAUCAAAUUCAAGUUCGACGGCAUCGAGAUUGACCUGCUGUUUGCGCGUCUGGCUCUGCAGUCCAUCCCAGAUAACCUGGAUCUGAGAGGAGACUCCCACCUGAGGAACCUGGACAUCCGCUGCAUCCGCAGCCUCAAUGGCUGCAGAGUGACAGAUGAGAUCCUGUACUUGGUACCAAACAAGGAGAACUUCAGACUAACCCUGAGGGCUAUCAAGCUGUGGGCCAAACGCCGUGGGAUCUACUCCAACAUGUUGGGCUUCCUGGGUGGAGUCUCCUGGGCCAUGCUGGUAGCCAGGACCUGCCAGCUCUACCCCAACGCUGUGGCCGCCACUCUCGUACACAAGUUCUUCCUCGUCUUCUCCAAAUGGGAAUGGCCAAAUCCUGUGCUUUUGAAACAGCCUGAAGACAGCAAUCUGAAUCUACCUGUUUGGGAUCCACGAGUGAAUCCGUCAGACCGGUACCACCUGAUGCCCAUCAUCACGCCAGCCUACCCCCAGCAGAACUCUACCUACAACGUCUCCUCUUCCACACGCACCAUCAUGAGUGAGGAGUUCAAAUACGGUCUCAGUGUUACAGAUGACAUCCUUCAGGGGAAAACCGACUGGUCCAAACUGUUCCAGCCACCCAACUUCUUCCUGAAGUACAAGCAUUAUAUUGUUCUGACUGCCAGUGCAUCCACAGAAGAAAACCAAUUAGAAUGGAUUGGUCUGGUGGAGUCUAAGAUCCGUGUCCUGGUGGGGAACCUGGAGAGGAAUGAGUACAUCACCCUGGCACACGUCAACCCCACAUCCUUCCCCGGGAACAAGGAGAGCUGUAGCGAGAACGAGUUUGUCUCCAUGUGGUUCAUUGGAAUCAUCUUCAAGAAAGUGGAGAACGCAGAGAGCGUCAACAUCGACCUGACCUACGACAUCCAGUCCUUCACAGAUACAGUUUACAGGCAGGCCAACAACAUCAACAUGCUGAAGGAUGGGAUGAAGAUCGAAGCGACACACGUGAAGAAGAAGCAGCUCCACCAGUACCUUCCUGUUGAGCUGGUGCAGAGGAAGAAGAGGAGCAUAGUGGAGCUGAACCGGAACUCCAACGGCGGUAGUUCCAAGCGGUCCUCUCUCGACGGCAGUCAGCUGGACAGUUCCAGAGACACUGACUCCGGGACUCCCUUCAGCUCUCCCACCUCCGUCUGCAAACCGUCCAGGCCGGCCGCCUCAGACACAGACGACAGUUUGACACCCCCCAAGCUGCCAGCUUCUCUGUUUGUGGAGAACAGCUCCUCGGUGCCAGACGUCUCUCCACCCAGGGCCGAUCAGGAGAAGGGGUUGUCCAUCCCCGUCAUUGGAUCAAAGUCCAAGCCCUCUGCCCCAACGGGCCCAGUCGGUAGCACCAUUCCUACAGUAGUGGGUAGGAGCGUGGUCUCUCUCAGCACUACAGAGCAGAACCAGAACGGAUCCAAGAGACUCCACUCCCCUACGCUGGAGGAUCAGUCCAAGAGGCUGAAAGACAGUGCAGAGCCACUGGCUGAUGUCUUGACCUUCAAGGAGCCGUUCCCUCCGUCUGGCGACGGCAGGGAGCAAGGGGACGGAGUCCAAGUGGUGAGUCCUUCAGCAGGCAGCACCAUUCCUACAGUAGUAGGCAGGAGCGUUGUACCCUGCCUGGGCUCCUCUAGAGAUACAUCCAGCCCGACAGAGCAGAACCAGAACGGAGCCACCGCUGCAGCCAAGAGACCUCACUCCCCCACACAGGACGGACCCCCCAAGAGGAUACGAGACCCUGCAGAUCUGCUGGUGUCCGGUGAUGACUCUGAUUUCAAGGAGCCGUUCCCUUUGUCUAGCGACGGCCAGGAGCAAGGGGACGGAGUGAACGUCGAAAGUCUUGGAGGGGUAAAGGCUAUGCCUAUUCCAACUAUCGACACAUCAAGAACACAGAGACUUCCCAGUAUGGAGCUGCCAGACGUGACCUCUCCCCUCCCCAGCAGUAACCACCAGCGGGUGGUUAAGAACUCCAUCAGACUAGCCCUGAACAGGCACAGGUAACCCCAGGUAACGCCCCCCCCCCCACCAAACCCCUUCCUUCACGAGGCCAGGACCUACAACACUGACUAGCUCCAGACCUGAUCCCAAAUCAAGACUACUGUGGUAAAACCUAGUGAGGAAGCCGACUUUUAACUCUCCCUCUCACCCCACCCUGUCACUGGACGAUGUGCAACGACGGUCCCUUGUCUCCCCCCCCCCAAAAAAAAAUGUCAUCUCUGUUUCUAUGGUCCUUCCCAGUUGAUCCUGAAGCAGAAAUUAAAAUGCUGAUUUAAGAUUGGGUUGGAGAAGAGUUGGAUUUAUUUAUUUAUUUAGUGUAAAUUCCCCCCCCCCCCUCUUCCUUUACUGUGUGUAGUUUUAAAAGGCCUUAACGUGUCGAUGCUUGCUACUACACCUGUCUGUACCAUCCUGAUGUUUUGACAAAUGGAAAAGUUCUACAGUAGGUGUAGUUUAUUGUACAUAGCUCGUCUUUAAAAAAAGAGAAAAAAAAGAAUCACAGACGUUUAGUCUAAUCCAUACAGCUGUUAUAGUUUUAUGAUCUAAAAUGAAAAAGAAAAAAAAAUGUUUAAAAAAUGUAUUGUCCCCCCCCCCCCCCCCCCACACUGUUUGUCAACCACAUUACAACGUGACCUUGAUAGCCAAUCUCAGCCUUCCCACCCAGUAGACUCAGCAACUUGGGUUGUGUUCAUUUGGGCCCAACAUAUGAAAAUGUUUUGCAACAGAAAUGAGCAUUCCUUUUUGGAUAAGUUCAGAUGGUACCUCCCUUUUUUUCUUCCUGUAUAUUCCCCCCUCUAGGUUAACAGGACCUCCUGUGUAUGCUCCCCCCCUCUAGGUUGGUUAACAGGACCUCCUGUGUAUGCUCCCCCUCCCUCUAGGUUGGUUAACAGGACCUCCUGUAUAUUCCCCCCUCUAGGUUAACAGGACCUCCUGUGUAUGCUCCCUCUAGGUUGGUUAACAGGGCCUCCUGUGUAUAUCCCUUCCUCUUGGUUAGCAGGACCUCCUGUGUAUAUCCCUUCCUCUUGGUUAGCAGGACCUCCUGUGUAUAUCCCUUCCUCUUGGUUAGCAGGACCUCCUGUGUAUAUCCCUUCCUCUUGGUUAGCAGGACCUCCUGUGUAUAUCCCUUCCUCUUGGUUGGUUAGCAGGACCUCCUGUGUAUAUCCCUUCCUCUUGGUUGGUUAAAAGGACCUCCUGUGUAUAUCCCUUCCUCUUGGUUGGUUAAAAGGACCUCCUGUGUAUAUCCCUUCCUCUUGGUUGGUUAAAAGGACCUCCUUUGUACGUCCUCCCUCUCAAGCUUUGACACCCACUAGAAUAGAGAACCAACUCUCCUGGAGAUCUACUGGGUAUUGUAGGCUUUUGCUCCAGCCCUGCACUAGAUUCACACACCUGAUACAGCCAACCAGGGUCCUGAGGGGCAGAUCAUUAGUAGAAUCAGGUGUUUUAUAGUAGGGUUGGAACACAACCCUGCAUGCGGUAAGCUACUGUUCCCCAGGCAGCUCUAGAACCCAGGGAAUGUACCAAACAUGAGGGACUGGACGGUUGUGUUGCGCUAGCAGGGUCAUGGUUGUGUUGCGCUAGCAGGGUCAUGGUUGUGUUGCGCUAGCAGGGUCAUGGUUGUGUUGCGCUAGCAGGGUCAUGGUUGUGUUGCGCUAGCAGGGUCAUGGUUGUGAAGUGGUUCACAGCUGGAUUUGUGUUACGGAAAGGGUUUCAAGCUUUUGCGUGUGUGUGUGUGUGUACAUGAGUUAGUGUGUGUGUGUUGUAAUUCCCUCAGUGUGGGGUGUUGAUCCUCUGCACCUCCCGUGGAGGUUCUUAAACAUGGCGUCUCCUGGGGUCAUCCUGGGCUGAGUCCCAAAAAGCACCCUAUUCUAUAUAUAGUGUACUACUUUUGACCAGAGCCAUAAAUGGCCCUGGUCAAUAGAAGUGCCCUCUGUAGGGAAUAGGGUGCAAUUUCAGAUGCGGUCUAGUCGAGGAGUUGACCUCUCAAAUCAAAUUUCAGGACUCAUACUCACAAAACUUCUGAGUACGAGUGCUGAUCUAGGAUCAGGUCCCCCUUGUCUAUAUAAUGUUGUUCGUUUUAAGCAAUCAGGCACGAGCGGGUGUGGUGUUCGGCCAAUAUUCUGCGGCUAUGGGCUGUUCUAAUGCGCAACGAGGAGGGCCUGGAUACAGCCCUUAGCCGUGGUAUAUUGUCCAUAUUCCACAAACCCCCGAGGUGCUUUAUUGCUAUUAUAAACUGAUUAUCAACGUAAUUACAACCGUAAAAAAUACAUGUUUUGUCAUACCUGUGGUAUACGGUCUGAUAUACCAUGGAUGUCAGCCAAUCAGCAUUCAGGGCUUGAACCACACAGCUUAUCUGAUUUAAACGUCAAAACCGACUGUGGUGCUCUGAGACCCUUUUGAGUACAAGCCCUGCUCUCCGUUAAACAGUGAUCUCUCUCUCUCCAUUCUACCCUGGUUCGGUGUACAGAAAGAGCAUCUGCUUGCAUCCCAAAUGGCACCCUAUUCCCUACAUGGGGCUCUGGUCAAGAGUAGUGCACUAAAUAGGGAAUAGGGUGUUAUUUGGGACUCGCCCUAUGUAUUAUAAACAGGUGUAUUCUCUUCAUAUCCUUUUGUUUUCUUAUUGCUUUCUGUGUAUUUGUACGGUUUUGUAUCAUCUGUUCUAACAGCUGAAGGCUCUCAAUGACUUUUACACCACUCGGUUUUCCAACAACUUUCUCUGUGCUUUUUGAGAAACAAUUAACAGGUCAUUUAUCCGUUUUUUUUUUUGUAGGGCAACAAGUUGUAUUGGAAAAGGUAUUUUUGUAUGUAUUGUCUAUCACCUUUAAACGAGACCAUUAAAUCCAUAAAACCCCUA